CGGAAGCGGAACCCCUCUGUAGUUCCAGAGUUCAUUUCCAUAACCAGUGAAUUAGAGAAAUUCACGCAAAAUAAACAUAUAUUAUUUAUAUUAUCUCGGAAGUAAAUUGAUCACAGUCAUCGCAUUCGUCAUUUUUCGGCUUAUUUCGUAGCAAUGUCCGAGAGAACAGAUAACGGCAUGAAAGCGCGAGUGAUUCUCCAGCAGUGUCUGCAUGCACGACUGCAGGUCAAACCUGCAGAUGCUGAGAGUGAAGCUGAAUGGGUUGAGAUUAAUAGGGGAAUGGUUAUCUACAUCUGCUUUUUCAAAGGUGCAACUGAAGAUAUAAUCCCCAAAAUGGUGAACACUCUGCUGAACAUGAAGCUUUGUGAGACAGAAUCUGGAAAGUAUACCUCAGUCCUUGCACUACCUGGCAGUAUUCUCAUAGUACCCCAAGCCACACUUGGAGGAAAGCCAAAGGGAAAAGGGAUGCAGUACCAUGGCAACAUUGGGAAAGAUGAAGGCUUGAAGCUCUACGACAGCUUUGUGUCUCUCUGUCAAAGUGAACUCUCAGCCUGCAAGAACAGUGACACUGUUACAGAGGUCAAACAUGGAACGUAUGGAAACCGACAAGUACUGAAGCUGGAUACAAACGGACCUUAUACUCAUCUAAUGGAGUUUUAAGAUUAACUUUUUCACUUGUUUGUAGUAUCUUCUUCACAGCAGUGAUCGGUAAUAUAUGGGCGGUUGAAGGACAUGGACCUAUAUGGACUUCAGAAGUACAAAAGACUGUUAAUGCACAUUUAUAGUUCCUCUCCUGAUUAAAGUGCAAAGCAUAAGCCUGG